UCGAUAUUUCAACUUCCUUCUCUCUCUCAUUUUCUUCGCCAUUCUCUCUUCGCUUUCUCUUUUGUAUCUGACACCCUUUGAUUAGCGUAACGUCGAUGAAGAAGGUUACAACGGCAACGACUAAGAGGGCGGCAAAGGAUCAGUGGGUGGCGGCGGCGAUGACCGACGACCAGAUGGUUGUAGAGCUUCUCAUACGGCUGAAGCAUGCGGGGACGACGGUUUCAGAGAAUCCUUGGACGAAUCUGCCUCCGUUGCAGUGGGGAACUCGUCGACGGAGGUCACGACCUUCAAGAUUUGGCGGCGGCGUUCUGGUUACGUUGAAGAAGGAUGUAGAUUCCGCAAGAGGCAGUCCGAAGACUCCUCUCUCAUGGAGCGGCGGAGCCUCUGCAUCUCCCUCCGCCGAUGGAUUGGAGGAUAUUAGUCGUCAAGCUAGCUGCUCCACGUCAACAGUAUUCGGAUCUAAGGCUUUUCCAACAAACGUAAUCACAAGUUCCUUCUCCAAGAGACUGAAGAGAAAGAAGUUAAAGUCAUUUUCGGAGCUUAAAUACGAAGAGAAUUUGAAGUUGAUGGAAAGACUCGACCUUCAAAAGGAGAUUGCGAGUCUCCGAGCAACGUUAGAUGAACAAAACGUAAGGAACCAAACGUUGAAGAGAAUUAAGCGUGACUUGAACUCAGGCCGUGUCAAGAACGAGACUCCGGUUAAUUUGAUUCAUAAUUCACAACGCGAAUCAAAAUGUUGCAGAGUAGAGGGCAACAAAACUGCUAGCUUCUUCCUCCCUGAUUUGAACAUGGCACCAUCCGAGGAUGAGAUAUUGUAUGGAAGUAGCUAAGUGGCAGCCUAUCUGAAGAUUUUUUAGAUCUCAAGCUUAUCACAAUCAAGAAGGGAGCCAUAGACUUUGCACAAACAAAAGUGAAUGUAAUAAGAGGUGUAAUGUCUCCUCACAUCAUUCUUUGUGUUCUGUUUCGUUCCCUUUUGGGUGUAAAACACUCAUUACUUCUUGGUUUUUAUUAAGAAGGUGGUGGAAAUUAGGUUCUUUUAACUUUUUGUUCUCUCACUAUUGUAUCGAUUCGUUGUAGUCAAGAGGAAAAAGUAGAACAGCUAGUUGACUUUUAUGUUUCAAAAUUCAAACUUCUCCUUUUUAUUUCGUUAAC